ACUGUCAUUGUAUCCAAUACAAAUGCUACAACAGAACCAACUACACAAGCAGCAACCUCAGUAAUAUCUGGUUCAGCUGUGGUUCAGACCAGGAUGGUCUUCAGUUCCUCCUCUCCUGUUCCCAGUGAGAGUUUGGUCCUCAGUGUAAUCCAGACUUUUCUGAGUGCUCGACUCACAAACCUCAUUGACUCUGUAAAAGUGCUGAACUUUACCUAUGAGAAAACAUCAAACACCAACUAUGCAGUCAUCUUCAUAUUCAACAUCAGUAACUUCAACAUGUCAGAGAACCCUGACCUCAGGAACAACACUUACAUCAUAUUAGAGGGCAUCAUCAAUAAUGCUCUAAAUACACUUCUAAAUAUACCUGGUGCAGAAACAUUCACACACUAUAGUAUUUCUUUCACGAGUUCACAAAACAAGGUGGAUGGUGACAUGAAUUACAUCUUCAAAGAUGGAGACACCAAAACACCAGCAGCCUUCCUCAAUAAGCUUAAGGCACAAAGCACACCUAUUGAGAGUUUGGUCCUCAGUGUAAUCCAGACUCUUCUGAGUGCUCGACUCACAAACUUCACUGACUCUGUAAAAGUGCUGAACUUCGCCUAUGAGAACAUUUCAGACACCUGCUAUGAGGUAAAAUUCACAUUCCAGAUCAGUAACAUCAGCAUGUCACAGAACCCUGAAUUAUGGAAUUAUACCUUCAAGCCAGUGGAGAGCAUCAUCAACAAUGCUUUAAACAUACUUCUAAAUGAACCUGCUGCCGAACCAUUCGAACCACAGAGCUGUCUCUUCACGAGUUCAGGAAACCAGGUUAAUGGUGACAUGACAUACCACUUCCAAGAUGGAGACACUAAAACACCAGCAUCUUUCCUGAAUGAGCUUAAAGCACAAAGUACACCUAUAUCUGGUUCAGCUGUGGUUCAGACCACGAUGUUCUUCAAUUCCUCCUCUCCUUUUCCCAGUGAGAGUUUGGUCCUCAGUGUAAUCCAGACUCUUCUGAGUGCUCGACUCGCAAACCUCACUGACCCUGUAAAAGUGCUGAACUUUACCUAUGAGACAUUUCAAGGUCAUCUGAUUUGUUCCACAGAAACUUCAGACACCUGCUAUGGGGUCAAAUUCACAUUCCAGGUCAUUAACAUCAGCAUGUCACAGAGCCCUAAAUUAUGUAAUGACACCUACAACCAAGUGGAGAGCAUCAUCAACAAUGCUUUAAACACACUUCUAAAUGAAGCUGGUGCAGAACCAUUCAAUCCACAGAGUUCUUUCUUCACGAUUUCAGGAACCCAGGUUAUAGGAGACAUGUUGUACAACUUCCAAGUUGGAUACACUAAAACACCAGCAUCUUUCCUGAAUGAUCUUUCACCUGUAUUGGGGAAUGUUCUGAUAUAUAUUCAUCUAGUUUUUAAGAAUUUGACCAAAGUACCUAGUGAGGCUGAUGUUCUCAAUGCUGCUAAUGCUCUGCUGGAUGCAAAGAUCAGGAGAGCACGAGAUCUUGUAACACAAAAACUGAGUGAUCCUGUGAGCAUACAGGAUGUCACUUAUCAGAAAAUUGACAACCAUUCAUACAUUAUUAGCUUUGGAUUCCAAAUCAGCAAUGUGACAAUCUCCAAGGACAUUCAGCUGAGGAAUGGAACAUAUUCUUUAAUCCAAAACACCAUGAACAGCUUGCUGAACACUAUACUAAAUGUCAAAGGUGCUCCUGAAUUUGUCUUCCCACAAGCAAACUACAAAUUUAAUGGUACAGAAAUUGUGGCUAAUUCAGAAUACGUCUUUGUGGAAGGUGACACCAAGUGGACACCAAGUGGAUUUCUAUAUGCAGUACUCAACAUUAGCGGUCUGUCGACCCUCACUACUCCUGCUGCUCAAACAGACCCCCCUGUACACGUAGUCCUGAGGCCCACAGUCCAAGCACAGAACACCACCACUGGUGGAAAUUCUGCAUGGAUCUUGGGCAUCAUUAUCCCCUGCAGUAUAGUCAUUAUUCUCAUACCCUGCUGGAUUCUACUCUGUUGUCUGCUCUGUGGCUGCUGUGCUGGUUUAAGGAGGCGCUACAACAGAAGACGGUCCUACAACGUCCAAUAUGCAACAAGAAAUGGACUCUUUUAAAAACAGAUUAUGUU